AUGUCCCUGCCCCCAGAGCAAAUUAAUAUCAAGCGUCGCAGAGAAGAGGAACCGGUCGAGACUUUAUACAUUCAGUCAGAGCUGCAUCAGACUAAGCGUCGAUUCACGGACUUUGUUUUUCAAAGGGUCCAGAUCAGUGGCAAUAGCCAUGAAGACAGCUCGUCUAGCCCGUCGUCUUUUUCAGCAGCGCGGAGAAAAGUGCUUACCCCGCGGUCGGUGAGCAACACCGUCUAUCCAACUACUGGGGGCGUGACCAACCGCGCUGCUGGUGCAGGAGCAACUGUCCCCUUGGUAAGAGCCACGUCUCCUGGGGCAGAGUUCCGCGAGGAACGUCGCCUGGCGAACGCUCGGAAAGAGAAUGAGGAGAAGUUGAGAAGAGCCUUGCUUUCAACGCCUACAGAGAGCCAGCUGGGAACCCCAUCUGCUGUUCCAGCUUCUAUUGGAUCUGAUGCCGCCCGAAAGGUAGCGUCUUCUGCAUCCAGUGAGAGAGAAAGUCUGGCUUCUUCACCGGGACGGACGCAAUCUCUACGUCGGUUCCAGAUUUCUAGAUCCACAACGCCAAUGAGCCCGCUCCGUAGCACAGGCGGUGGUGUUCAGAAACGCAAAGAUGGCGCGGUCGCGGUGCUAGUAGAGAAAUUGAGGCGCACGCCGCAUUCGAGACAAGCAUCGAUGGUCGCUGAUGCUGCUGCUCAGGUGGAUGAGCAGGCAAGCAUGACGGUUGCAGGCGCUCUGGCCUCGGAGAAACCAGAACGGCCGAGGAAGCGGCCAGUAGUGAACCAGGCGGAAAAGAAAUGGAGAGAGGAGCGUAAGAGCGCGAUCUCAGCUGCUAAACAGCAUAUCUCACAGGUGCUGGACAGAGAAGCCGAGGCGGCCCAUCAGAGUAAUUGGGAGAAUGAGUCGGAACGAUUGGCAAGGGAACUGGAGAAAGUGGCUCUGGAGCUGGAUUCGGAAAUGGAUGUGACGGCGACCGAAACAGACUACACGCAGCUUUCGAGACCGUCUCGGCCUCCUUCGGUGAUGCCCAAGCCUCCGUUGAAAUACCAACCGCGCACGCCCAAUAAGCAUCGUGCGGGAGCCUCGGACGCACAAGUGAUGCAAGGGCCAGUAGAGAAACUUGAAGAGGCGGCGAACACUCUGCCUGGGGGGCCUGAGGAGGAGGAAAGCGACGGGGAGUACGUCUACGACACGUACAUACGGAAGCCACUCCCAGGCACUGGACUGCUUACGGACCCAUUAGUCGGUUUGGAUACAGACCAGGAGGCUUGGUUGCGGCAGCAUGGCAUCGAUGCGAAUCGCCAAGACAUUGGAGUUAUCGUCAUCACGCAGGAGGAUGAGGAGUACUGGGAGAACUUUGUCGAGGAUGAAGAGGACGAGGACCGGUGGGAUAGCGAGGACGCAGAUUCGAACGCUGAAAAUAAUCCCGCAAAUGACUAUCCAGAUGAGGAAUUGUCGUGGGACGAUGAAGAGGACGAUCCAACGGCUAUCUACAACAAAUACCGGACCUACGCUCGGUCUGAUGACGAGGAGUUCGACUUUGACGACUCAGCCAGUGAGGGGCGCCAUCGUAGUGGAUUCGGGUUUCGGUCGCACGUGGAUUCAGACGGCGAGAGCUGGUGA